AAAAAGUUAAACAACAAUACCAAGGGCUUCACAUUCUUUUUACUUGAUUAUCUCGCUAAUGAUUCUCUAGAGACGAUAAAACGUGAGUGAUUAUUUCAAGAAAAACCAUGUUGCUUGCUGUAUUGAUUGCCAAUUCCGAGGGCAAUAUACUUGUAGAACGUUUCAAUGGAGUUCCAACAGAGGAAAGUCUACAAUGGCGAUCUUUCUUAGUUAGGUUGGGAGCAGAAAAUCUCAGAGGAGUAAAAAAUGAGGAGCUCCUUGUAGCUUGUCACAAAUCAGUUUAUGUGGUAUACACAAUAUUAGGAGGUGUCAGCAUUUAUGUGGUCGGCAAAGAAGAGUACGAUGAACUUGUUUUAACAGAAGUGAUAUAUGCUAUUACUUCAGUUGUGAGGGAUGCCUGUGGAAAGCCUCCAAGCGAACGUCUUUUCCUAGACAAGUAUGGAAAAAUUUGCUUGUGUUUAGAUGAAAUUGUUUCGAAGGGAUUGCUUGAAAAUACAGAGAAAGACAGAAUCAAAAGACUUGUGAGAUUAAAACCACCAUCAGAAUUUUGAGGGACUAGUACCCUAGCAUGCAUGAUUUGAUUAUCACAUUUACUAUUUGCAUAAGGCAACACUUGAAAUUUUAGUUAUUCAGUUUUUAGAUUGAAUUUUGUCUAUUACAUGUUUUAAGCAUCAGUUCGUUUUGAAAUCUUGUAUUUUUUGG